CAAACAUCGCUUCAUGUUUUGUUUAUGGGGUGAGCCAAGCCGUUAACAGUGUUCGAUCGUCAUCUCUCUCGACUCCAGCCCUGGAAAACGUAGGAACCCUAAUUUUCUGAGAGUUCGUUUUAGAAGCGAAGACGAUGUCAGGGAGAGAAGUUAAAGAAUACACAAAUCUCUCCGACCCUAAAGAUAGGAAACUAGGGAAGGGGGGUAAGAUAGAUGACGAAGACGUCACCUUUCAACGGAUGGUUGCAAAGGGAUAAUGGCCCCUGCUACAUUUUUGUGGUUAUUUGCAUUUAGAUGCAAGAUGUUGCUGGUGAGCGUGGAGGCUAUCUUCAUGGACGAGGCGCUUUGGACAGCGACGAUUUACUUUAUUUGAAAGAGCAGAUGGAGGCAGAGCAGGAUGCGGAGCGCCUUCUGAGACGAACUGAGAAACGGGCUUUUGCUGCCUUUAAAAAAGCUGCAACCCAAGCUGAUUCAUCUCCAGCUUCUGUUCCUUUGCCACUUCGUGUUGAGCCCAAACCAAAGAGUGGUAUCAGGCAGCAAGAUUUGCUGAGAAAGGUUGUUGAGGUUAAACCAAAGCGACCAAAGGUCUCUACGACCGCAAGUGCAAGCUUGUCACCUCCUAAAAGAAGCGAUUUAGGUCCAACAGAAGCAAAGGUUCAAAGAGAUAAGCAGAAAGAAGAAGCUAAUGCAGUGUCAAAGAAACUGGACAGACCUGAGGAGCAGCAAGCCGGAGGGAAAGCAACAGAAAGCAAUGUGCAAGGUCAAAAUGCUUUGAAAGGCUUGCUGGGAUUAGCAUAUGAGUCUUCAGAUGAAGAAGACUGAACAUGGUUCUUUCUCCAUUUAGUCUUGUCGCGUUUUGUUUUUGUCGUCUCCAAUAUUUAUGUUGAAAGCUUAUAAGAGUUUAGCUUUAGUAUUCAAGACAGCCCGUCGAGCCCUGCACUUGUUGUAAUUUGUUGAGAUCAAACGGGUUUGUUGGAGUUUGAAAUAAUAGAGAAUUGUUUCCAAAA